AUGCGUCUCGCCGCCCUCCUCGCCCUGGCGGCCCUCACAACCGCCGUCCCAAUGGGCUCGUCCAGCGCCAGCGCAACCUCAGGACAUUCGCCCGAGGACCUCUUCACGCCCAAGCCCGCGCCGACGUGGACCCCCAAACAGGCAGCCCAGAAUGAGGCGCUGAUCAAGCAGAACGCAAAGGACACCGCCGAUCCCACCAAGUGCCCCAUGAACCACCCGUACCAGGCGUGCUGUCGCACGCUGACCAACAUCGCCGACGCCAUCUUCAAGCCCAUCGGCGAGAUCAUCCCGCAGCUGAAGGGGGCGAAUCUGGCGUCGCCUAUGUCGUUUGAGUGUAAGCCGAUGACGCCGGGCGAUCCGCCGGAGAAGUGUGCCCACCAGGCGUCGUGUUGUGGCUCGGAUCCGAAGGAGGCUUCCGCUAUCGAUAUCAAUUCUUGCACCGACUACAGGGAGGAGAUGAACAAGACGAUCGAGGCGUUGGAGCGCAACAAGAAAAUGCAUUCCAGAGCCGUGGUUUUGCCUGUCUAUGUAUAG